AGUUUCUUUGACGCGGCGCGUCUUGAGGUGUGAUCGAUGCUUCCGUUUGCCUGCUUGGAUUUUUUAUUUAUUAUUACCGUCCAUUUCAAAGUCUCUGACCAGUGACCACACACACAGAAAAUCCACCUUACAAGCUCGGGCAGUUCGCGACGACGGCGACAUUCCACAAGCCCGACGAAAUUCACAAACGCCCAAUAAUUCGUCGUCGUCAUCCUCAUAAAUAUCAUCACAUAAUGCGAUGGAUCCAGGCACCCCUCAAGUAAAUGUUGGAGCCUUUCCAGCUGGAGGUUUUGGUGGCGGACCACAGCAUCGUCAACCCCAAAAUCAACAGCCACAGAAUCCCCUCCAAGGCGGUCCGUUACCAGAUGCCCCCGAACACGCACCGAAUCCUGCGCCGGUCGGCAACCCCGUCAUACCUUUAACCCUCGUCGACGCUGCGAGCCAACGUUUUUAUGCCGCUGCUUUCUACAUAGGAUUGUUGGGAUGGCGGUUCUACGAUUGGGUACACGUACUCGAAGAAGAUAGCGGAUCUUUUUAUUUCUUCUGUAAAUGGAUCCUCAUCGACUUCGCCUUUUUCUUCUCCUUGCCUUCGUUACGAAUACCUUGGCUGGAACUACCCGCACCGACCGUCUCGUCAAUAUACUUUGUGCAUCUAAUACUCAAUUGGUUGUUGAUGUUCAAUGUCCCACUUCCAUUCCAAGGAUGGCUCCUAGGCCUAGUUAAGAUAUUCUACGAUAAGGAACUUGCCAUAUCAGAACACAAUGUUAAGGUCUCCAGUAUCUUGCAUAACUCUUCUCUUAUCAUGGGCAAGCAGAUUAUCAAUAUUCUUCCUGAAGGCUCCGCUCUACUCAACCCCGAAAAACAUCCCUACUGUCUCGGCCAGGGAGUUCAAUCCGUGACCGUCCCCGUCUACUUUAACGCCACAGUUCCUGUCGAAGUCGAACUUACACGAUUUGAUCUCGAAUCCGAUGCUCGGGAUAUUGUGAGGCUAAGUCGCAAAGAACUUAAGGACAUCGCUAGACACUCGAUAAGAGCUACCGAUGAGGAUGGGGUUCUGGGUCUUUACAGAUACGAUAUUGUCCUCAAGAAGCCCGGCGCCUAUCAACUACACAAAGUUCUCGACGAAUACAAGCUCGAGGUUCAACGGCUUAAUGACCCUACUUACAUUGUUCCUUGCCCCAGAGCCCGGGUUCGUACAGCCCAAUCGUCAAAGAGAUGUCUUAGUGAUCUCUCCAACUUGGCUAUGGAUGUUUACGGAACACCUCCCCUGAAAAUAGUCUACAGCCGAACAAUCAAUGGAAAAGACCACAGCUUCCAUUUCCAGAGUUUACAACCUGAAGGGUACUCGUCUCCCUUGCUUGGUCCUCGACGUACAACUUUGAUGCCCCCGGGCGAGGAAGACUAUAGUUGGGCUAGAGCGCAGACGGUUGAGGUGGGCCUAAACGAAUCAAUGAAUUCGGCGGGCGAGUGGCAAUACUCUAUCGACGAGGUUUCAGAUGUUUUCGGCAACGUCAUCUCAUAUCCCCAACCUGAGGACCCCGAUGCGAAACCCAAACCCAGACACCUAUAUGAGAAUUUUGUCGUUAGGGGACGUCCUAGAGCCACUAUUGUAGGUUGCGAUGGGUCCCACCCUCUCAGGGUGGCGAAGGGGCAGUCAACGAAACUUCCUCUCAAGAUUUCGCGUCCAGGUCAACCAGAAAGUCUACCUCAUACUCUAACUUGGCACUUCACACCAGCUGAAACCCUUGGUAAGGAUGGAGAUCAUAGCGACGUUAUCGAAGUGGGCUCCUUUACUACCAAGAACAUCACCGACCAACCUUCGAUUACGGCAGCGGGUUUAUAUACUCUGAAAUCCGUGUCUUACGAUUCGUGUGAAGGAGAGAUCGAGGAACCGUCAUCGUGCCUGCUCAUUAAUCCUCCCGAGCCUAGAUUGACUCUUCAAUCCGAGGAAAUCCCGGACAAAUGCGCUGGCAGCUCUGUUGGUCUCCGAGUUAAUCUAGAUAUGAUUGGUACUCCUCCAUUCAGACUUGUUUAUUCCGUCACCAGCGAGACCGAGCAGAAUAGGAGAGAGACAGUUGAGAUCAAAGGCCUGCGACAGCAAAUCGACUUGCUUCCAAGAAGUGCUGGUCGAUACCAGUAUCGGUUCAGGAGACUCGAAGAUGCUAUUUACAGUGUCCCCUUACCUUUAACAGACCAAUAUUAUCUGGAGCAGAACGUGAAGCCGCCCGCGCAAGCUUACUUUGGUCGGGAAUCUCGUAACAUCAACGCCUGUCUUGAUCAACCUGUGAAACUCGACGUGAAUCUCAUUGGAGAAGCUCCUUACACACUAGAAUGGGAGCUCAUUCACGAAUUCAAGAGGAAAUCAGAGAAAGCGACUAACAUCACUAGUGGUUCCUUCACUAUUGAGACCUUACCCUUGUCGACUGGUGGUGAAUACACUCUUUCUCUAAAGAGUGUCCAAGAUAAGAGUGGAUGUCGUAUGUUCCUUAAGGAAGAGGCCAAGAUUUCUGUACGUCGUCAACGACCACGUGCCGCGUUUGGUCUCGUCGAUGGUAAGAGAAAGACAACGGUUCUUGAGUCAGCUCCUGCCAACAUUCCAUUGAAACUUGUCGGCGAUGGCCCUUGGAAGGUUGGAUACCGCAACCUGAAUGAAAGCUCUGAUAGAUUGGUUCGUAUUGCACGGACCAACAACGACUUUAUUGAAGCGAAGAGCCGAGGUGUAUACGAAAUUAUCGACGUGAUGGAUGACCAUUGUCCUGGUAUUGUGACCGCCCAAGCCAAUACUUUCGAAGUAGGCUGGUUUCCGCGCCCCGAGCUAUCGUUUUCGCCAAAUGAUGCUAUACAGCCCGUGGAUAAUAAAUUCGUCAGAAGGGACGUUUGUGAGGGUGAGGGUGAUGGAAUUGAAGUCGCUCUUCGAGGUACUCCUCCUUACCACGUCGAAUACGAAGUCAAGCAUAAACCAAAGAUAGGUUCGGUCUCGGUCGCCCGAAAGGAAUUCGAUGCUGCUCACGGGAAAGCAGCUAUUCCACUAGACACAACUAAAUCUGGAAUAUAUACCUACACAUUUUCCGGUCUCUCGGAUAAUCUCUAUAACGAUAAGCGACAAUCCGAGCCUCUUACAUUGGAACAGACGGUCAAUCCUAAACCGUUUGCUUCUUUCCUCAAACCCGGCCAGACAUUCAAGAUGUGCAUGCACGAGGGUGACCCGAACGAAUCGAUUCCCAUCAGACUAGAAGGAAAGGCGCCUUUCUACGUUGAAUUCGAGAUUAAGCAUCGUUCUGGAAACCUGCCGGAUAUCUUCAGGAUCCCCAAUAUUCCGUCCAACAAUUUCGCUAUUCAGGUUCCAAGGGAUUAUCUCAAGCUCGGUGGUCAGCAAGUUAGAAUCCGCAAGGUGCGCGAUGCCCGUGGCUGCCAACAAACGACCGAAAGUGGUGGGGGUGUGGUUUAUGUGCAGCUCUAUGAAGCUCCCUCUAUCUACCCUCUCGAGGCACGGUCGGAUUAUUGUGUUGGUGAGCGCAUUGCGUACACCCUCUCAGGUACACCUCCCUUCGAGGUACAGUACGAGUUUGCUGGCAAAAAGAUGAAGGCCAAAUCCCAGACUACCAAUUUCCGUCGUAUCGCUGAGUCUCCUGGUGAAUUCACAAUCACCGGAAUUAGUGACAAGGCUAGCGAGUGUCGUGCGGCAGUCAACUUGGUGAAGAAGAUUCACCCAAUGCCGAGUGUCAAGAUCAGCAAGGGUCGCGUUAUUCAGGUUGAUAUCCACGAAGGAAGUGAGGUGGAGAUUCUAUUCGAAUUCUGGGGCACGCCGCCCUUCGAAUUUACAUACACGCGUAGCACAAACGCGCGAAAGGGACAGAAGAGUGAGGUUUUGGAAACGCGUCAUGACAUCAGUUACGAGCAUAGUAAGGUAAUUACGGCAAGCUUGGAAGGCACAUACGAAGUUGUAGCCAUCCGGGAUAACUACUGCGCGUUUUCAACGUUAGGACCUGAGGGGAAUGAAAAGGGCCAGAAGACGUUGAAAUAUCACGCAGGUUAGGUCUCGGUGAUUGGUUUAAUGGCUUUUAUACUCAUGGCUUCUCUAUACCUGGUUCCUCGUUGGAGGCGACUGGUGGAACUUGGUUUGACCAGAUUGGACAUAGAGAUGCGGAAACUCGGGGAAGCGGGACGAAGACGAAUGAAUCGGUUCCGCGGAGGAAGGGGAGGCGGGAUUUAAUGAUGUUGCAGAACGGUAGAUGUGGAGGAGGAUGAACUGGCUAUGGUUACGCACGGUAGCCGGGCCGUAGGGCAUUGCAUGAGCAUGGCGUUCUGGUAGGAUAUUCAGCAAAAUCAUCUGCUGGGGGAUUUGCUGCUGCUUGCUGCUGCCGCAGUCCCAAUAUAAAAUGUUUAUUGUCAACCUUACUAAAAGAA